CUAAAAAAAAAAAAACUAGCAUCGAAGUUCUGCCUCUGGAUUAAUAAAUCUAUUCUAGAUCUACAUUCUACUUUCUAGAUCUAAUAUAUAGUCUAUAGAUCUAGAUCUAUCUAUUCUAUUUUUAACUGUAAAAAUGAAUAUCCAGAUCUAGCUAACACAUUUAUAAAAAUUUUCAAAGCUGAGUUGAAUUACAAGGAAACAAUCUCAUUAAAAACAACAUUAUAAAUCACCUUAAGAAAACAACUGAUCCAACAUGUCUGGGGAAGAUGACUGGGGAGACCUGAUCACAAAGCAAGAAAAGGGACUUACUGAAAAGAUUGAAUCUCUUACCAUUAAAAAAGAAAGUGGUGAAAAUUCUUCUGCUAGUAAAGACGUCAGCCCUAGUGGGUCUCAUUCUGAGACAUCCCAGCCCAGUGAAAGUCGGGACGAUGCUGAAGAAAAAGAUGUGUCCAAGAGUGAUAUUUCCUUACUACAAAAACUGCUCCACUCAAAACUAGUGCAGUCCAAAUCUGACAUUGAAGUAUUGAGGAAGGAUCCAACAUCUCCACUUUACUCAGUCAAGUCCUUUGAAGCUCUUCAUUUGAAACCAGAGUUAUUGAAAGGUGUUUAUGACAUGGGUUUCAAUGCUCCGUCCAAGAUCCAGGAAACAGCUUUACCAACACUUCUAGCUGAUCCUCCAACCAACAUGAUAGCACAGAGUCAGAGUGGUACAGGUAAAACAGCAGCCUUUGUCUUGACAAUGUUGAGCAGAGUGGAUGUCAGUAAAAACUAUCCUCAGUGUUUAUGUUUAGCUCCAACCUAUGAACUAGCACUACAGAUUGGAGAGGUCACUAAAGAAAUGAGUAAAUUUAUGAGUGGCUUACGGAUUGUGCAUGCAGUCAGGGGUGAAAGAGUGAGUAGAGGAGACAAACUGGACUGUCACAUAUUGAUUGGUACACCAGGCACUACUCAAGACUGGGCCACAAGGUUUGGUGCAUUUGAUUUGAAAAAAAUCAAAGUUUUUGUGCUGGAUGAAGCAGAUGUGAUGAUUAGUUUGCAAGGACACCAGGACCAGUCCUACAGAUUACAGAAAGGUCUCUCACCCAACUGUCAGAUGUUGUUGUUUUCUGCUACUUAUGAUGAAUCUGUUAUGGCUUUUGCUGAGAAAAUAAUCCCUAAUGACCCUGUGAUUAUAAAGUUACGUCGUGAAGAGGAGAGUCUUGACAACAUUAAACAGUAUUACAUUGAGUGCAGCAGCCAGGAGGAGAAAUUUGAAGCCUUGUCCAACAUUUAUGGGGCCAUUUCCAUUGGCCAGUCUAUGAUCUUCUGUGCUACUAGACGGACAGCUAGCACUCUGGCCGAAAAGAUGACCAAAGAUGGACAUGCUGUUGGUCUGUUGUCUGGAGAGCUGCCUAUAGAAAUGAGAGCUGAUAUCAUUAAAAGGUUUAGAGAUGGGAAAGAGAAAGUCUUGAUUACAACCAAUGUAUCUGCUCGAGGUAUUGAUGUGGAGCAAGUCACAGUAGUUGUCAACUUUGACCUCCCUAUAACCCCAGACAACAAGCCUGAUUGUGAAACCUACUUGCACAGAAUUGGCAGGACAGGAAGGUUUGGGAAGAACGGCAUCGCCAUUAAUUUUGUUGAUGGCCAGCGCUCCAUGACUACAAUGAGAUAUAUAGAGAAACAUUUUGGUCGUACUAUAUCAAAGUUGGAUGCAGGAGAUUUAGAUGCAAUUGAGAAAAUCAGUUCUUGAAUACCCUUUUGUUUUAAAAAAAGAAGUUAGUUGUCUAGCAAGGACAUCUGCUGCCAUUUUUAGCUGAUUUGUUAAUGACAUAAGCCUCACUCAACUUGUACAUCAAUAGAAUGACUUAUUGAAUUUUUAUUGAGCUUCAAGACAUUCAUUGUAUAUAGAAUAUAUUCAAUACAUCCAACAAACUUAUAGAUAGGGUACAAUCAGUAUAGUCUAUAGUUGUUAAGAACAAUGUAAAAAAAAAUUAUAUGAUUACUGAACAUUGUUUAGAAAAAUAUGGCUUAAGUAGUUUAGUAUUUUAUACUUUGUACAUACAUAUUGCUUAGUUGUUUUUACAAUUCACGUUAUUAAGGCUGAACAAGUUUUUAUCCAACUAGGCUAUUUCAAGUGUGGGAAAACAGAAUUUAGCUUUUAUCAUUAACUUUUCAGAAAAAUUUAUAAAGUCUUGCACAUUUUCCUGACUCCUAAUGGUAUUCCACUCCUUGCUUAAAUGUCCCAAUUUGGUGGUUGGGGAAUGGUAAUACAAGUCAAUGAUAGAUCUAUUUUAAAUGAUAGUCUUAUUUGAAGAUGUAAUCACAUAAAAAGCUUUUGUAAUUUUGUCCUUUGUAAAUGUAACAUUUCAAAGUUUAUUUCUAUAGAAUUGUGUUUAUUAAUAAUAGACUCAAUAUUUUUAUUAUUAUACUAAAAGUAUAAUAUUGUUUCAUAGUUCUGAAUUUCAAACUUCCACUACUAGAAAUGUAAUAGUAAACAUUGAAUGAAGUUUUUAAUAUAUGAAUUUUAAUAUAAGCCUUCAAUCAUAGACACCAUGAUAACCUUGUAAAUUUGAAGGACUGGUGAUACAUUAAAUCUACUGUGUUGCUCUAUUACAUCAUUGUCUUGGUCAUCUUGCCUUGUAUUAGAAAACAAUUCUGUAGCUAUUGUUCUCUGCACUAGAAUUCUUUCUGGUGCUCAAUCCAAUCUUGGGAUGUAUUACUUGGCAUGGCACCAAGAGACCAACCACCCUUAUUGUUAUUGUUCUUUUUGUAACUUUGCUGCUGUUCUUUGUAAGCAACUCAUUUGACAUGUUAAUUUUCUGCUCUUGUUUUGGGUUGAAAGUCAAAGUUUUCCAAAAAUAAACAAAAAAAUUACUGUCACUCUUUCUUGUGUUGUCAUAGCUAUGAACAUUAGACUUUACAUUACCCUAACAUAAAAUAAAAACACAAAAGUUAAUCAUGUAAACAAAUGUAUUGAAUUGGGCUAAAUAGAACUUAACACAUACAAAAAUGUUAUAGACCUCAUGAAAAACAACAACCUAUAGAAUUCAACAGCUUACAUAUAUAUUUAUAUAUAUAUCUUUAAAAAAAAUUAGAGGCUAAUAGAUCAAAUGUUUUGCUUUGUACUUUUUGAUAUUGUUUGGUAUGGUGUGAAGCUGAAGAAUGCAAGUGUCCAAAUGAUUGUUGGGUAUUUGAAAUUAGUUAAAUGACUGGGCAUCAAUGUUUGAAUUUUUUUUAACAGCCUUCACUUGUAUGAACUCUGUACAAGGACCGUCAGUUUGAACCUCUAUUGUUUUUAUUCUUUUAUUUGUUCUACGUUGGAUUCAUGUUAUGAGAUCAGGAGCCCAUUUUAAAGUUUCACUGUUUCUGUUUCCAAACAAUUGUUUUAGUUCUAGACACAAUGAACAAUUUGUGUUUUUUUUACAACUACCAAUGUAUUGUACUUGACAACAAUGUGAACUGAAUAAAACACUCACUUAUU